GGCUGAACAUUAGAGGUGGCGCACUACCUCCUCCCCGGCUGAGGCGAGGAGGCACAGUUGUUGCAGAGGAGAGGGCUAAGGAAUGGAGUACUUCCCUGCCAGGGGGCACCUGGGGCCGUAGGGUCUCGGCGGCGUGCAGUCGGAAAAGAGUCCAAGCGGCGGAGGAAUCUAGCUUUGCCAACAGCAGCGGGCGGAGUGCAGCCUUCAGGUGCGGUGUGAAAAACGGAGCGGAGCCGGUGUAGCCUAGGCACGGCCUUCGGUGGCCCCCCGACGGUUCCUUUGGCCAGACUGUCAGAGGACCUGAAAACGCCGCGGAGUCCUCGCGCUUGCAUCCUGCCUUCUCCUUGCACCCACGUGCAGUCCCGGGCUGGAGAAGGGACCGGGGCACGCUGAGUUCUCAACCCCCAUUUCCAUCUCUGUCUCUUGGUGCACACCUUAAUGAAAGUUGAUUCCUAAGCAGCUGGGAACCCGAGGCUGUAAAAGGGGCUGCAGGAAAUGGAUAGCAGUAUAAAAUCCAGAAGCAGAAUUUCGAGGUUUAACCACUGACCCAUUUCACAGAAUGUUUCAUGCAUUUAUGGACCAAAGAUGGAGUUGGUUUUUAUUUUUAAAAAAGGUAUUGUCAGUGAUCUGAUACAACUAUAAAUAUUCUCUUGAAGAUGCAUGGACUUGUCUUUGGGUUGGACUGUUGGUCAUUUCUGAAAGUUUCUUCAAUCACAGUUUCUAUUUGAAAAUUCAAGUAUCAAAGGAUAUCAGGUUUAAAAUGGUAUAAUGAUGUAUUUUGUUUGAGGACUGCAAAUUUCACAGAGACCACAAUUGGAUUCCAGUUAUAUUCUCCAAUCAAAGUGAUUCAUAUCAUUCAGUCCUUCAAUAAACCUAAUGUUGAAGACUCUUAUAUUUAUUAACAACACCAAAAGAUGGGAGAAAAAAAUGAUGAUGCAAAAACUUUCUGGAUGGAGCUAGAAGAUGAUGGAAAAGUAGACUUCAUAUUUGAACAAGUGCAAAAUGUGCUACAGUCACUGAAACAGAAGAUCAAAGAUGGGUCUGCAACAAAUAAAGAAUAUAUCCAAGCAAUGAUUCUAGUGAAUGAAGCAACUAUAAGUAAAAAUUCAGCUUUGAUAAAGGAUCAUAUGCCCGUGACUCAGAAUGAACAGGAAAACAAAUCAAAUACAUCUCCCUCUACAUCAUGUGAAAACUUUCCUGAAGACUGUACAUUUCUAUCUACAGAAAAUGAGGAAAUUCUGUCUCUGGAAAAUAAAGUUGUAGACCUUAGAGAGAAAGAAUCAUCUUUGAAUUUAUCUUACCAAAGUCAUGACUGCUCUGGUGCCUGUCUGAUGAAAAUGCCACCAACCUUCAAGGGAGAAAACCCUCUGCAGCUACCAAUUAAAUGUCACUUCCAAAGACGACAUGCGAAGACAAACUCUCAUUCUUCAGCACUCCAUGUGAGUUAUAAAACCCCCUGUGGAAGAAGCCUACGAAACAUGGAGGAAGUUUUUCGUUACCUGCUUGAGACAGAGUGUAACUUUUUAUUUACAGAUAACUUUUCUUUCAAUACAUAUGUUCAGUUGACUCGGAACUCCCCAAAGCAAGAAGAAAUUGUUUCUGAUGUGGAUAUUAGCAAUGGAGUGGAAUCAGUACCCAUUUCUUUCUGUAACGAAAUUGAUAGUAGAAAGCUUCCGCAGUUUAAGUACAGAAAGACUUUGUGGCCACGAGCAUACUAUCUAAACAGCUUUUCCAACAUGUUUACUGACUCAUGUGACUGUUCUGAGGGCUGCAUAGACAUAACAAAAUGUGCAUGUCUUCAACUGACAGCAAGGAAUGCCAAAACUUGUCCCUUGUCAAGUAAUAAAAUAACCACUGGAUAUAAAUAUAAAAAACUACAGAGACAAAUACCUACUGGCAUUUAUGAAUGCAGCCUGUUGUGCAAAUGUAAUCGACAAUUGUGUCAAAACCGAGUUGUCCAACAUGGUCCUCAAGUAAGGCUACAGGUGUUCAAAACUGAGAAGAAGGGAUGGGGGGUACGCUGCCUGGAUGACAUUGACAGAGGGACGUUUGUUUGUAUCUAUUCAGGAAGAUUACUAAGCAGAGCUACCACUGAGAAAUCUAAUGCUAUUGAUGAAAACGGGAAAGAAAAGAAUACUAUGAAAAAUAUACUUUCAAAAAAGAGGAAAAUAGAAGUUGCAUGUUCAGAUUGUGAGGUUGAAGUUACCCCGUUAGAACUGGAAACAGAUCUUAGAAGUGCUGAAGCUGAGGAAUCUCCACCAAAGUUCAGUAAUAAUUCCAAAGAACUUAUCAUGGAAAUGAAGUAUAACAAUAUUUCGAGAAUUCAGUAUCAUUCAGUUAUUAGAAGUCCUGAAUCCAAGACAGCAACUUUUCAACACAAUGGGAAAAAGAUGGAAUUUGUUUCCUUGGAGUCUGUCACCUCAGAAGAUAAUGAUGGAUUUAAACCAACCCUGGAACAUCUGAACUCUAAAGCCAAGGAAGCACAAAAGGACUCAAGUUCAAACCAAGUUGAAGAUUCUGAAGACAACCUGCUGAUUGCAUCAGAUGUGAUAGAUAUCACUAGAUGUAGAGAAGAAACUCCACCAGGGGGCAGAUGUAACCAAGCAACCAUAUUAGAUUAUCAGAAUAUUAAAAAGGAGUUUCAGGUUCAAACACAAAAGCCUCAAGAGGAACAAUCUUCAGCAUGUCAAAAACAGCAGAUCUUUUUUGAUGAAGAGUUGCCGAAUGAAACCAAGAAUACUUCAUCUGAUUCUCUAAGGAAGUUCAGUAAAGGGAAUCUGUUUUUAUUGGAUGCCACAAAAGAAGGAAAUGUGGGCCGCUUCCUUAAUCAUAGUUGUUGCCCAAAUCUCUUGGUACAGAAUGUUUUUGUAGAAACACACGACAGGAAUUUUCCAUUGGCGGCAUUCUUCACCAACAGGUAUGUGAAAGCAAGAACAGAACUAACAUGGGAUUAUGGUUAUGAAGCCGGGACUACGCCUGAGAAGGAAAUCCUCUGCCAAUGUGGGGUUAAUAAGUGUAGGAAAAAAAUAUUAUGAAUAUGUAGCUAAUGCCUGUUCAUGAAGUUACUUUAUAGGAUGAAAUUAGAGCCAUGCAAAAGAAUCCUCAGUAGUGGAAUUAAUUUAGGUUUAGGUGCAUCCAGGUAAUUCCUCUCAGUUUUCCCUUGUUAGGGGGUUCAUAUUUUAUUUCUAAUUUUAUAUGUGUGACUUAAAAAUUCCAGGAACAAAAUAAGGACAUUUUCAUAUGCAUAGGGUAUCUCUUGUUCUUACUGCUGUUCAACUUUACAUGAGUAGGAUGAAAGUGUAUAUUUUAUAAAAAACACCACUGUACAAUUUAUAACUUAUUUAUAAAUUAAAUAUUAAGAGACAAAAAUGUCAUAGCAGAA